UGUCCCAACAGUUCUUUGGUUUCUCUUGAUUUUCUCAACUUACCUUGGUAAUUGCAGUGAAGAUGACUAUUUGCAUUGAGAAUCCUGAUCAACUUAUUGCUACUCAAGGAAAGGGAAAGAAGAUACAGCCUGAUGCUAAUCAAUUGGUAUCAAAUGAAGAAUUUGCAACGCCUGAAACAAAUGCUUUUGGAAACUCAUUCAGGGAUUAUGAAGCAGAUGGUGCAAGGAAAGACAUUGUUGAGCAACACUACAAAUCAAGUCAUAUUAACCAAACAUAUGAUUUUGUGAAGCAGAUGAGGGAGGAGUACAAGAAGCUUGAUAAGGCAGAGAUGGGAAUAUGGGAAUGUUGUGAACUUCUGAAUGAGGUUGUUGAUGACAGUGAUCCUGAUUUGGACGAACCUCAAAUUCAGCAUUUGCUGCAGAGCGCUGAAGCAAUCAGAAGAGACUAUCCUAAUGAAGACUGGUUGUACCUGACUGCUCUUAUUCAUGAUCUUGGAAAAAUCCUGGUUCUUCCAAAAUUUGGAGAGCUACCUCAAUGGGCUGUUGUUGGUGACACAUUCCCAGUUGGAUGUGCUUUUGAUGAGUCCAAUGUUCAUCACAUGUAUUUUAAUGAUAAUCCUGACUUCAACAAUCCAAUUUACAACACCAAAAAUGGGAUUUACUCUGAAGGGUGUGGACUAGAUAAUGUGCUCAUGUCAUGGGGGCACGAUGACUAUAUGUACAUGGUGGCCAAGGAAAAUGGAACCACAUUGCCUUCUGCAGGACUGUUCAUCAUCCGAUAUCAUUCCUUCUAUCCAUUGCACAAGUACGGAGCAUAUGCACAAUUGAUGAAUAAGGAGGAUAGGGAGAACAUGAAAUGGCUUAAAGUAUUCAACAAAUAUGACCUCUACAGCAAGAGCAAAGUUCUGGUUGAUGUUGAAGAGGUCAAGCCAUAUUAUGAAUCCCUUAUUGCAAAGUAUUUUCCAGCAAAGCUGAAAUGGUGAAACUUCAAAGCCUCAAUACAGGAUUGCUGCAGCUGCAAUAUUAAUGUAGUCCUGACUCCUGAUCUGAAGAGAAGUCACUGGGACGACUAGGGGAAAUAAAAUGUUAAUAAUCAAAGAAC